CACGCGAACACCGCUUUCCCAAACCAAAACAAAGAAUCCACAGCCAAGUGUGUAGCUAGUUCAUGUAAGCUGGGGGUUUCUACGAAAACUCCAUUUGUCUUCCACGCAUUCGGGUGAUCGUAAAGCGGACAAAAAGUCAACUCGGAAUGUAACGCAAGGGGACCCAUUUAAAGCUUUGGAUCGAAGCGGUGGAUUUUAGCAGCGAGUUAAAGUCCAGGUUGAGUGUGUGAAACGAUGCUGACGAAGUUGGAAAGUAAUGAGCGAGGAUGCUGAAGCUGCCGGCAAGCCCGCUUUGUUCGGAGGAGCGCAAGGCUUUUGUGCCGCUGUCAUCCCGCAGCUCAUCCCCUGCUGCUUUGUCUUCACUUGGCCCUCAGAUAGCGACCGUGAUCGGCAGUGUGGCUUGUCAGUAUCGGACGGUCACCACCCGCAGCAGCAGGUCAGCACCAUGAAUAUUUACGGGUCCGGUGCCAGUGGAAGUGUCAGUGGCGGUGCCGUUGGCGGGGCCAGAGAAAGAGGAGGAGCAGAGCAUUACCGGGAGCAACGGCGGCGCUCCAGCGACCGUUCACGUGACUCCUCCCAUGAGAGGGGAGAGAGUCAGCUGACGCCCUGCAUCAGGAAUGUCACUUCUCCUACUCGGCAGCAUGACCGUGAACGUGGCGACGGAGGCUCGUCCUCCAGAUCCUCCAGUCCACGUCCUCCCAGGGUUUCUCUUCCCUAUUCCCACGUUGGAGGGGCCCUGAUCGGGGGACACAUACCUCGGUCCCUGGGUCCUCCUGGAACAGACCACCACUCCAAGACACUGGGCCAAGGACUGUGUGAUAUGAUCUACGUGUAUGACCUCGGCAGUAAAGAGGGGCAUCGCAGUGGACUGAGACUGGGAGAAAGAGUAACGCUCAUUGUGGACAAUACAAGAUUUGUGGUGGAUCCCGCCAUCUUCACAGCUCAACCUAACACCAUGCUGGGCAGGAUGUUUGGUUCUGGGCGGGACAACAACUUCACACGACCCAAUGAAAAAGGAGAGUUUGAGGUGGCUGAUGGCAUCAGCUCCACUGUCUUCAGAGCCAUUCUGGAUUACUACAAGUCGGGGAUAAUCCGCUGCCCUGACGGCGUUUCCAUUCCGGAGCUGAGGGAGGCAUGUGACUACCUCUGUAUCUCCUUCAACUACAGCACCAUCAAGUGCAGAGACCUCAGCGCCCUGAUGCACGAGCUGUCUAACGACGGGGCCCGGCAUCAGUUUGAGUGUUACCUGGAGGAGAUGGUGCUGCCGCUGAUGGUGGCCAGCGCUCAGAGCGGAGAGAGGGAGUGUCACGUGGUGGUGCUGACUGAUGACGACGUGGUGGACUGGGAUGAAGAGUACCCUCCACAGAUGGGAGAGGAGUACUCGCAGAUCAUCUACAGCACCAAACUGUACCGCUUCUUCAAGUACAUAGAGAACAGAGACGUGGCCAAGUCAGUGCUGAAGGACAGAGGACUGAAAAAGAUCCGGCUGGGAAUAGAAGGCUACCCGACCUAUAAAGAGAAGGUGAAGCGGCGUCCUGGAGGUCGCCCGGAGGUCAUCUACAACUACGUCCAGCGUCCCUUCAUCCGCAUGUCCUGGGAGAAGGAGGAAGGGAAGAGCCGCCACGUGGACUUCCAGUGCGUCAAGUCCAAGUCCACCACCAACCUGGCUGCGGCCGCCGCAGACAUUCCCCAGGACCAGCUGGUGGUCAUGCAGCCUCCGGGGCCGCAGGUGGACGAGCUGGAGACCGUGCCACAGCCGGCGGGCGUCGGCGACCCCCACCAGCUGCCAUUCGGGCAGGGGCCAGAGAACAACGUGGGCCCCCACUUAGCACAAGGCUACGAGGGCCCUAACCAGCAGGCUCAGGACAGUCCGAGCCAGGCCGCGCACAGCCUGGCCCACAGUAACCAGCAGCACGGCAGCAGCCACACUCAGGCCACUUACCACUACGAACCGGACCCAGACACACCGUCCCCCUCCGCAUGAGACUGGCUGCAUUCUUAAUCCCUCUCUCCACUGCUGCGUUCGCACUAACAGCAACAAGUGCUUUUAUUUACACCAUUACACUGAGAUCAAUUCAGGAAGGAAGAAAGAAAAAUAAAUAAAUAAAUAACCAACUUAACAAUAAUUGUUCUCAGAGCAUUGAUUGUGAACUCAAGCUAAGAAGCACACAAACCUGAGUGGCGUUCCACAGCCAAUAAGCACACAAAGUUCAACCAUUCUCAGCUAAAAUUAAAGCACUUCUGGCCACUUGUUGCUUUCAGCGUGAACGCAGACUUUGUCCCCCUGCUGCCCCACAGUCCCCUUCACCACCACCUCCUCCUCCUCCUCCUCCUGAGUGGCAAAACACCACUUUGCCUUCUGUUGCACCUCUGCUGCAGCCUUUCUCAGUCAACACAGCGUCCGAAUGAACUGUCCAGCAGCCAAGGAUGGAUGACGCACAUCAGCAGGCUUCCUCACCCACCUCUGUUCACUCUGUUUUUAUUUAUCUGACCAAAGGAGACUUUAGUUGCAUUCUGUAUGCAUGUGAAAAGACAGAGUGCUGUAUUACAUUAUAAUGAAGCAUGUGUGAGUGUGUGUGUGGUGCUGCUGGGAUACUGUACCUCACUGGGAAAGUGGAUUUCAGUGCCUCUUCGUAGUCUUUAUUUGGGGGCUAGUUAUUAACUUGGAUGUGAAGAAUCAUUUUUUCCAGUGCAUGUGAAGACCUUGAUGAAAGGGUUUUUUUUUUGGUUUUUUUUGUUUUACACAACAUGUACAAGUUUUUAAGAAAAUGUCCCACUCCCUUUUGUUCUUUAAACCAGUUGAUUUGGUUCCUAGUUUACGUUGAGUCCACGUUUUCACUUGUUUGCUCCACUCCUGUUGGCUGACCUGCUCUGAAAACGCUGCACAGGUUCAUCACCACUGCUGUGAGCACACAGGAUGUCAGAUGAGAUGUUGAACGCAAUGUUUUUCUAAUAAAUAGUAUUCACACUC